AUGCCCUCUUCACAAGAAUCCGAUUCCAAUCCACGAGAUUUGGAGUUCAAAAUUAUGAAGAAGAUCAAGUGCGAACUUUGCGAUUGUAGAGCCAAUGCUUAUUGUGAAUCGGACCAAGCCAGUUUAUGUUGGAGCUGCGACGCCAAUGUUCAUUCAGCCAAUUUCAUUGUGGAAAAACAUUCAAGGAUUUUGCUAUGCCAAAUUUGCCAAUCCCCAACUCCUUGGACUGCCACCGGCCCCAAGCUUGGACCUACCAUUUCCCUUUGUCAGUUUUGUGUUAUUCCCCAAAAUGUUGGUUCUCUACAAAUUCAUCAUCAGAACCAUCGCCAUUCUGCUUCCUCCAGCAGCAGAGAUUUUCAUCAUCAUCAUCAUGCUGCCGAUGAUGAACAGAAUCAAGUGGUUCCCAUGUCGCCGCCGCCGACUUCCAGCUAG